GAGGGAGGCAGUUGGAAGUUCCCAAUCUAAAACAUUAAAGAUUUGUUGGCAAAAAAAGAGGGGGGGAAGGAACUUUCGGCUGAGGAAAAGUAGCUAUAUUAAGAAGGCAGUCUGCUCACUUAAGAGUUACUUUCAAACACUAAAAAAAGUAGGAGUUGCCAUCUCUCGUCCAGAAUAUAUUGAACAUCCUGAAGGGAGCUGUUUUCAUCCAUGAAAUAACAGUUAUGAGCCUGCAAAAGAAGAUAUUUUUGAGACGUGACAAUGGACCUUAUGAGGCUUCUGAAAAACCCAAUCAAGCAGUCUCCUCGUCUGUGCCAAAUCAGUGGGAGCAGCAAAGGAAAAGGGGCAGCAUCACUUCCUCGCUGAAGAUGGAGCAGCAGAGCAGUGCUGGAAAGAGCAGGAAAUCCAAAAAGUUUCGUUCCAUUUCCCGGUCCCUGAUUCUCUGCCAUGCCAAGAGCAGUGAUGAUGGAUCGAGUCCUGAUGAGAAAUGCACCGACCCCUUUGAGAUAGCUGCAGACUAUGCCCACGAGGGAGCUUUCCACUGCCCUGGGCAACUGGCAGACACAUCAGAAGCAGAGCCAGGCAUUCCUGAUCUAGCUCUGGGCUCCAAGGCUGCACAGCUCCACACACCAAUGAAUGACCGUGGCAAGAACCCCAGGCGAAAAUGCUUUAUUAAGGAGAGCAGCGUCUGGAAGCAGUGCAUAACCACUGGGAGUGAAGGGCUGGGUAUCCAAGUCUCCCAGACAACCAUCGGUACCUCCUUUGGGAAGGGGUUUGCUGUCAGCCAUGUGAUGGGAGGAGGGGCCACCUACAGAGAUGGCCGAUUAGCACCAGGAGAUGAGCUGUUGACAUUUAAUGGACAAUCUCCUAAGGAGUUCUCCAGACAGGAAUCGAAAUCUCUCAUUCAAUCAGCAACGGGCUUGGUCAAUUUAGGGAUUGCUAAUAAGGAAUCCUCAACAGCUACCUCUAGAGAAAAGCCCAGUAAACUGGAAGCCCAAAAUAACAGUUUCCUGCAUUGCAAAACCACUGGCCAGAGGACACGCAGUAACUCCACAAGUGUGAAUCCAUAUUGGAUUGGUGAAAUUGAUUUCUCAAUGACCAAAAAAUCUGCUGCUUGUAGAGACAGACAACCUUAUUCUCUUUAUAGCAACAGAAAGUCACUGUCCCAGCAACUGGACUGCUCAGCAGGAAAAGUUACAGCAAUUUCAAGACCUUCUCGGUCACUUAGCACAGCCCAGCUCACACAGCCACCAGCUGGCUUGCAGGCUUCUGUCAUUUCUAACAUUGUGUUGAUGAAGGGCCAGGCCAAGGGACUGGGUUUUAGUAUUGUUGGUGGAAAGGACAGCAUCUAUGGCCCUAUUGGUAUCUAUGUCAAAACAAUCUUUGCUGGGGGAGCAGCUGCUGCAGAUGGAAGGCUACAAGAAGGGGAUGAGAUUCUGGAACUCAAUGGAGAAUCAAUGGAUGGAUUAACACAUAAUGAUGCUUUGCAGAAAUUCAAGCAAGCCAAAAGAGGGCUUCUCACUCUCACAGUCAGGACCAGCCUGAGUGCUCCCCAUUCAGUGUCCAACUACUUUUCUCCUCAACUGUGCCGUUCACUGAGUUCGAGUACCUGCAUCACCAAGGAAAAUAGUUCUUUUGGUCUGGAAAAUUCAUCCUUCUCAGCCAACACCGCCAAGCCCAAUGAUAGGAUCAUAAUGGAAGUUUCUUUAAAGAAAGAGGCUGGAGUAGGCUUGGGAAUUGGCUUAUGCAGUAUCCCUUACUUCCAGUGCAUCUCUGGGAUAUUUAUUCAUACUCUUUCCCCAGGAUCAGUGGCUCAUUUAGAUGGACGCCUCAGAUGUGGUGAUGAAAUAAUAGAAAUUAAUGAGAUCUCAGUUCAAAACAUGACACUCAAUGAAGUGUAUGCCAUUCUAAGCCACUGUGAUCCCGGGUCAGUUCCAGUGAUUAUCAGCAGGCACCCUGAUCCCCAGGUGUCUGAACAGCAACUAAAAGAAGCUGUGGCUCAGGCUGUAGAGAGCAGCAAAUUCGGAAAAGAGAGACAUCACUGGAGUUUGGAAGGUAUUAAAAGACUAGAGAGUAGCUGGCAUGGCAGACCCACGUAUGAAAAGGAGAGUGAGAAGAGUUCCAUUCCUUUCCACCGAAGGUCUCAGAAAGUCAUGAUCCGAUCUAGUAGUGACAGCAGUUACACCCCUGCCUCAUCUGUUGGGAACAGCAGUAACAACAGCCCACAGCAGCCUUCAGACUCAGAGCCAAGAGCUGCCAGUGUGAAUGUCCCCGUGACCCAGGAGCCGGCUUUGUUACUUUCAUCUUCAAGAACCAGUCCCGAGAGCCAAACUCCAGUGGGGACUGAGGAGUGCCACCGACCCUUGAAAGUCAAGAAAUCCUUUGAGAUUCUAGUUAGAAAGCCCACGUCUUCCAAGCCCAAACCUCCACCCCGAAAAUACUUUAAAACAGAUGCAGCCACUAGUGAUCAGCAGCAGAGCUUUGAUGGGAAAGAGCCUUCAGUAUCAGUUGAACAAAUGUCUCCAGCUAAGGAUCAAGAAGUGGGAAACCUGCAGCUACGGGGAAAGAAAACUGUUAUAACUCUGAGUGAAGUCCCAUCUUGUUCAGAAUCAAGAGUUUCGGUUCAAGCAGAGAGUACUGAGGCUUUUGCCUCAAACCCAGCAGAAUCAGAGCAAGCGAAUGUAUCCAGGACAGGUGCCAUCUCACUAGUGAAGCAUCCUUUACUUAGAAGACAAGCCCGGGUAGAUUACAGCUUUGAUACUACUGUGGAAGACCCUUGGGUCAGAAUUUCAGAUUGCAUCAAAAAUUUAUUUAGCCCCACCAUGAGUGAAGACCACGGUCACUUAGACCUCAGGUCUAAUGUCAAUUCCAGUGAGGAAAACCGCAAAUGUGGCCUCUCUGAUGGGGUGUUACAGAAGCUUGAAACUGCAGGUGACAUUUCCAAAGGCUACAAAGCUGAAGAAAAUGGCAGUGUGAAGAAAGGCCCUCCAGUAGCUCCCAAACCAGCCUGGUUUCGUCAGAGCUUGAAAGGACUAAGGAAUCGAUGUGGAACCGCAGAACCCAAAACACUACCAGAUCAAAGCCCUCCUGCCCAACCCAGUCCCACUUUGAGGGAGCGCUCCCUGCUCCCAGGCAGAGCGUCAUCAAUCAAACAAAGGAUCAGCUCUUUUGAGACAUUCAGUACUUCUCAUCCCCCAGAGAAAGGAAACCAGAGACUGGUUCCAAAGUUCUCCCUCUCAGAGAGAGAAAAAUCUGGUAAACAAGAUGCAGGAGUCCCCACUGGUCUCUUCUCUCAAGGUACUCAUUGUACGACUGAGCAGCGGGCUCCUGCAAAGACCCCUCUGCCCCUGGACUCUCACGCUAUUUCAGUUCCCAAGGACUCAGACUUGUCUGAUUCACCCCCACCGGCACGUCCAUCCAGCCCUCAGGAAAGCCACAACACCAACAGUGAUAGUGAUCUCUUGAAUCUGCUCCAGGCCAAGAUCACUGAGUCACAAUGUCUCCUUGUGAAUAAUGCACCAAUCCAGAGAGCGAGGAGUUUCCCCCUGACCACACAUCAGGCUUGUGAGAUGAAGGCAACAGAGGAGAAAUCUAGCAAGCUGUACUCCAUCAGCAGCCAGGUGUCAUCAGCCUUAAUGAAAUCUUUCCUCUGCCUUCCUCCAUCUCCAGUCUCCUGUGGACACAGUCCAUGGAACCCUCGGGAAAGGUCAUCUCCAACGCCUGUGGAAGAUGUGAGGGCUGUCAGUCCUUCAAAUGAAAAUUCUUCUACGGACAUGGGGUUUUCACUGAACCUUUCUGAGCUGAGAGACUAUUCUGAGGGUCUGACAGAGAAUGAGGAGGCAGAAGAGGGUAGCAACUCUCCUCAAUCUACAUGUGGAUCUGGGCAAUCUGUCAUCUCUCUACUUACUCGGGAAGAAUUAAAGAAGCUCAUAGAGGAAGUGAAGGCACUAGAUGAAGCAACAUUAAAGCAAUUUGACAGCAUUCAUGUUACCAUUUUGCAUAAGGAGGAAGGGGCUGGCCUUGGAUUCAGUUUAGCAGGAGGAGUCGAUCUGGAAAACAAGGCAAUCACAGUUCACCGAGUAUUUCCCAAUGGACUAGCCUUUCAAGAAGGGACCAUACAGAAAGGAGAUGAGGUCCUUUCCAUUAAUGGGAAAUCUCUUAAAGGCACCACACAUAAUGAAGCUUUGGCCAUCAUCCGCCAAGCUCGAGACCCAAAGCAGGCUGUUAUUGUUACGAGGAAAAUGCAGGAAGACGAGACAGGGCUGAAUUCUUCCGUUGAGUCUGCAUCUUCAGCAGCCAGUGAAGUUUCCACAGAAUCAACAACUGAAGUUACCAUCUGUACUGUAACUCUUGAAAAGACAUCUGCUGGUUUAGGAUUCAGUCUGGAAGGAGGAAAAGGCUCAAUUCAUGGGGAUAAGCCUAUAUCAGUUAACAGAAUUUUCAAAGGGGUAGCUUCAGAACAAAGUGAUGCGGUCCAGCCGGGAGAUGAAAUAUUGCAGCUUAACACCACCACAAUGCAAGGACUUACUCGUUUUGAAGCCUGGAAUGUUAUCAAGUCUUUACCUGAUGGGCCCAUCACAGCUGUCAUCAGGAGAAAAGGACUUCAUCCCUCCCUGGCCAAAUCUUCUGAACAGUCCCAGGGGAAGGACUGACAGUUGCAGCCCAGAAGCAACAAAUGUCUCCCUCCCUCAAAUUGUUCUCUCAGGACCUCUUCUCCCACUGUGCAGAUGUUGGGAAAGUCCAGAUGCUUCACUCUGGCAAUUGCCGGUUAUCAUCAACUUUCUGGGACACCAUCCAACAGCAGGUUGUCCAGAAAAUGAAGAUCCAUAACUGCAUCCAGAAUCUCAAAAUUCUGCAACAGCGGAUCGUAUAAACUGUGUAGACUUUGUAAAAAGAAUAUACAUAUAUAGAGAUCAAAUAGAGAUCAUAUUGGUGAUACUAUGGUAUAAUAAAGAUAGGUGAAUUUAAUUCACCUCAAAAGCCA